CUUAACUCCGGAAAGUACCUUUAAACACUUCUGCUCGCCCUUCAGGCAGAGAGUUUUUUUUUCUUUCCUCUCAAUAAAUCAAUAAUUGAGUACGAGAUGCCUGAAAAUAAUACCAAAGCGGACCAUCUUUGUGUCCUCGUGCAUGGACUCUGGGGGAAUCCAUCUCACCUCGAUUAUGUGGCCUCUGCUCUGAGGGAACGCCAUGAUGAGGACAGUGUUUACAUUCUCUGCUCCAAGAAUAACAGCGGAAACUGGACGUAUGAUGGAAUCGAACUGGGCGGCGAGCGACUGGCCCACGAAAUCGAGGAGACAUUGGAGACAUUGGCCAAGAAAGGCCAGAAGAUCAAGAAGUUGAGCGUCAUUGGAUAUUCUCUCGGUGGGCUUGUGUCCCGGUAUGCGAUCGGCUUGUUGUAUGCGCAAGGUUGGCUUGAGAAGGUGGAGCCCGUCAAUUUCACGACCUUCGCCACGCCCCAUGUUGGCGUACGGACGCCGCUCAAGGGAAUUCGAGGUCAAAUAUGGAACGGAUUGGGACCGAAAACUGUCUCCACGUCUGGCCAGCAACUCUUUUUGGUUGACUCUUUCCGAGAUACCGGUCGACCCCUGCUCAGCGUUCUCGCCGACCCAGAAAGUAUCUUUAUCCAGGGGCUGAAGAAGUUCCAUAACCGCUCUGUUUACGCCAACGUUGUCAAUGAUCGCACGGUUGUUUUCUACACCUCGGCACUCUCCAAAACGGACCCUUUCCACGACUUGGAUAAUAUCAAUAUCAAUUACGUCAAGGGCUAUGACCAAGUUAUCGUCGACCCUGACAACAAUUUACUGCCGACCGCACCGGGAGAACUAGAGACAACACCGUCUCGCUGGUGGAAGCAGUUCAAACAAGUUGUGUAUGGACUGCCGUUCUGGGCGCUUAUCAUCCUGGUGGUCCCGCCUGCCGUGACAAUUUUCCUCGCGAAUGCCGCUGUACAGACAUGUCGCAGUCGACAGCGGAUACGACUACACUCGGAAGGCAAAAAUGGCUUGCGCUUUGGAAGAUACAAGGUGCCUCUGCUUGUGCAGGAUGCUCAACAUGUGAUGGAGGAAGUCUUUGAGAAUAUCAAUGCUCGGCAAGAGCCUUCUUAUCUAUCAAGCACUGAUGAGGAUGAGAUUUCUAUUUCAGGGCGUGAGAAGAUGAAGGUCAAAGUGCACAAGUUUGACAGUGCAUCAUCUAGUACCGAACUAGACAGGCCACUCAACAGCCAUAAUGACGAGCGGGCACACUUCGCCAGCCAUCACCCCAAGCUUGCGUUGACAGAUGAUCAAUUUGCUAUCAUUGACUCCCUGAAUGCCGUGGGAAUUCGGAAAUAUCCGGUCUACAUUCACAAUCACCGACACAGCCACGCAGCAAUUAUCGUCAGAUCGCGCAAGGAUGGGUUCAAUGAAGGCAAGAUUGUUAUGAAGCACUGGCUUGACAAUGAGUUCAAAGUCUGAUGCUAGAUUAUCACUUGUGUUAUGGCACGCAUUUUUCGGCGUACUAAGUUUGGGAUGCUGCUUUUGGCGGUCUGGAUUUUAUGGGAGCGAGCGGUCAUAGGUUUGCUUUUUUGAAAAGAUACAGUAUAUAAAAUUUAGACUAAUACAUACACGAUAACAUGCACGUCACUUUAUCCUUCCAAAGGUACCUCAUAAGAAACCCGACUGAU